AUGGCUCUGAGCUCCCGUGCGCACAGCUUCUCGGUGGAAGACUUGGUGGGGAGACCCAGCAAAAGAAAACUGCAAGAUCCAAGAGAGGAGGUGCAGCCUGAAUUGCUAGAGAAAGAGGGCAGAGAGGAGGAGGAGAGAAGGAGCUGCGCUGAAGGAAAAAAGUUCGAGCAGAGGGAAAAACGACCGAAGACAGAGCCCUCAGCAACUGCUUUCUCGGGCUGUAGCGUCAGCGGCAACCGUAACAGCGGCGAAAGUCUGGAAGAGAAAAAUGUUAUACAAGUGGAGCUUCAAGGAUACGAGCUGUGGAAGAGAUUCCAUGAUAUUGGAACUGAAAUGAUCAUUACCAAGGCUGGCAGGCGAAUGUUCCCCUCUGUUCGGGUCAAGGUGAAAGGGCUGGAGCCAGAGAAACAGUACUAUGUGACUAUGGAUGUGGUGCCAGUAGAUUCAAAACGCUAUAGGUACGUGUACCACAGCUCACAGUGGAUGGUAGCUGGGAAUACGGACUACUCGUGCAUCACUUCCAGGUUCUAUGUUCACCCAGACUCGCCGUGCUCAGGAGAGACCUGGAUGCGUCAAAUUAUCAGCUUUGAUCGCGUGAAACUCACAAACAACGAGAUGGACGACAAAGGCCAUAUCAUUCUUCAGUCCAUGCACAAGUACAAGCCCCGUGUGCACGUGAUGGAACAGGACAGCAGGGUGGACCUGUCCCGGAGUCAAUCUCUGCCCAUUGAAGGGGUUAAAACGUUCUCCUUUAAAGAAACUGAGUUCACCACGGUGACAGCUUACCAAAAUCAGCAGAUUACCAAACUGAAAAUAGACAGGAAUCCUUUUGCUAAAGGAUUUAGAGAUUCUGGAAGAAACAGGGGUGUAUUGGAUGGGCUUUUAGAUACCUAUGCAUGGAGGCCUUCUCUCACUCUGGAUUUUAAAACUUUUGGUGCAGACCCACAAGGUGGAAGCAGUGGCUCAUCUCCAGUGACCUCUAGUGAAGGGGCUCCCUCUCCUUUGAAUUCCUUGCUUCCUCCACCUUGCUCCCCGCCUACGUUUCACUUACCUCCAAGCUCCCUUGGAAUGCCCUGUCCGGAGAUGUACCUGCAAAAUAUCAACCUGCCCCUUUGCUACAAGAUUUGCCCAAGAAAUUUUUGGCGACAGCAGCCUCUUGUUUUGCCUCCUUCUGAAAGGCUAGAAAGGAGCAACAGUUUUCAGUCUUUAGCCUCACUCAUGCUUGAAGUUCCCAUGUUAUCUUCUCUGGGGGCCACCAAUUCAAAAGAUGUUUCAUCUGAAAACUUUAAUAGGCAGUGUCUACAAGCACCUGAUUCUGCCAAUCAAAUGUAUGGAUUACAGGCACCUGGAAAUAUUUUAGUGCCAAACCCCAUUGCCCGGGAAGCAAUUGGUUGCUCUUUCCAUCCUUCCUAUGGCUUUUAUAGGUACAAUUUCUCCAUUCCAUCUAGACUGUUAAAUGCUGCCAACCAUCUCAAAGUGAAUGACAACAGUCAAGUUUCUUUAAGAGAAGGCAAAUGCAACCAUACUCAUUAG